AUGGCCCAUUCGUCUUCAUCAGAGUCCUCGCGCUCUGGAUCCGAUGGUGAUCUUGAGCCAUCCGAUCCUUGUACGCAUGUACUUCCUGGUCCAUAUAGGUGGGAGGUACUCCGUAAGAGGACACAGCGCAGUCACGUAUCACAAGUUGUGUGGAACGAGGAUACGGUUAGGGGGUUAAAGACGAGGCGAGGGAAACUUCAGGGGGGACCCCAUCACGAUGAUAUACCAGAUGUUGUCGCUGACUAUUUGACACAGGCUGGGUUCAUACACGUGGCACGUAUGAGUCAUGUUCAGAUCGAUACCCCCUUGAUAUCUGCUUUGGUUGAGCGUUGGAGACCGGAGACACACACAUUUCAUAUGACGCAGGGAGAGAUGACCGUUACAUUACAGGACGUGGCUGGUAUACUUGGUUUGCCUACUGACGGGCAGGCAGUUACCGGAUCUACAGCGUUGGAUUGGAUUGCUAUGUGUGAGGAGGUUUUUGGGACUGCCCCAGUUACGGGCACAGACAUUCACGGAGGCGAUCUACGUAUAUCUUACUUAGACAAGAUAUACGCUGAUUGGUUUACAGUAGCACACAAUCCAGAGGAGGUGAGGCGUUACACCAAGGCACACAUUUUGCGGCUAUUAGGCUCAUGGUUAGUGUGUGACAGAUCAGGUGGGAGCAAAAUUGCUUGUCGUUACGUUCCACUGCUUGCAGGGGACUUUACCGACAUUGGCAGAUACAGUUGGGGGUUUGCGGUUCUCGCCCAUCUCUUUAGACAUUUAUGUGUGGCAACAAACCCGCGGACUGUAAAUCUGGGUGGUUGUCACGUAUUACUGCAGAUAUGGGCUUGGAUUAGAUUCCCCCCCAUUGCACCACCUAUCAUGCAGCCUACCCACCUGGAGUGGCAUUUUGGUCACAGGUUUAAUUCCCUACCUCCCUUUAAGCCACAUGAGCAGUCUUGGUAUCGGGCAAACCUUGACACGCUUUAUAGAGACGAGGUUUGUGAUAUCUAUUAUUAA